UUUGUUUCCUCGAUGGAUUAUAUUCCUGACCUGACACCGUUCCUAACGAAGCACAAGGCAAGAUUUGACGAGGUGCGGCCAGUCCGAAUUGGAGGAGUCACUUGUCCCUCGUGCUGUGAAAAUAUCGCCAAUUUGUUGGAAGAUAUCGUCGUGAAGAAUGAUGCCGCUGGAGAUUGUGACUGUGGCGAAGGCUAG